AUGAGUGGAGAUUGGGCAAAGUUCUUUCCUGUUCGUUGGGGCAGGGAACUUGCUGCACACCUACGCCCAGUAGAAAAGGGCCUCAGGGCUGUUAUGCCUCAGGAGUCACUAGCACAAGAGAUGGACCAGAUGGAAGCAGUAGAGUGUGGUGGCAGCUGCUGGUGUUCCAGAGUAACAAGUCCCAUCUGGAGGCAGCAGCUAUUCUUUAGCUCCCUCGAUUCUUGCCAUGCCGAAAUCUGCUUCAGUGGUCCAUGCUUAGUAAUAACGUACCGUUCUUGUAGCAGCAACAAUCCCAUGAAACAUGUAUCCUUUUAUGUCCUUUUGAUAAGGGAAAGGAAGCAUCAGGAACUGAAGUCAUUUGCCCAUGGACCCUCAACUGCUAAGCCACAGUGCCUGGGUUUACAGCCAAGGUGCUGGACGGUCAAGUCCAUGCACUUUGUAGCCCUGUUCUGUGGCUGCUCUCAAACUACCACUCCUAUACUUUCCCAGUUGGAUGAAAUAGGAUAUGUGAUGUCUUAUGAUGUAAUAAGUCAAGUUAAUGCGGUGCAAGUAAACAUCCCAGAAAGUUUUGUGAAUGUGACUGUUGGAUCUGAUGUUACUCUCAUCUGCACCUACACUACUACUGAGACAUCCCGAGACAAACUUAACAUCCAGUGGUCGUUUUUCCAUAAGAGAAACAUACAGCCAAUUACUCACAGCUCGUGCCUCAAUACUGAGGGUAUGGAGGAAAAGGCAGUCAGUCAGUGUCUAAAAAUGAUGCAUGCAAGAGACGCGCGGGGAAGAUGUAGCUGGACCUCUCAGAUUUACUAUUCUGAAGGUGGACAAGCUGAGGCCACUGGGAAAUUCAAAGGUAGAAUUGUAGGGUCCAAGGAUCCGAACAAUGCAUCUAUAACUAUUUCAAAUAUGCAACCACCAGACAGUGGCUUUUAUACAUGUGACGUUAAUAACCCUCCAGACUUCACCGGCAACAAUCAAGGCACCAUCUAUGUCAGUGUAUUAGUCAAGCCGUCUACGCCCUCUUGCAGCAUUCAAGGAAUACCUGAAAGUGGUCAUCAUGUAGCUCUUUCUUGUGCGUCAGUGCUUGGGACACCCUCGCCUAUGUACUACUGGAAUAAAGUGGAAGGAAACAGCUUAGUCCCAGUAAAAGAAAGUUUUGAUAAAGCCACUGGGAUCUUGGUGAUUGAAAAUCUGACUAAUUUUGAACAAGGUUAUUACCGGUGUACUGCUGUGAACAACCUUGGCAACAGUUCCUGCGAAAUAGAUCUAACUUCUUCACAUCCAGAAGCUAUCAUCAUUGUUGGGGCCGUGCUGGGUACCCUGGUAGGUGCUGCCAUUAUCAUCGCUGUUGUGUGCUUUGCAAGGAGCAAAGCAAAAAAGGCAAAGGGGACAGAAAGGAAGAAAAACACUAACCCCACCCCAGAACACGAGCCAAUGACAACGAUAAAACAAAGUACAGAGUACAAAACCAUGCCAGCUGAAGAUGCCGUCCAGCUUGAAGCAACUCUGCCACUUGUCCAUGAAACUGGCCCUGAUACUGGCCUGGGGUCCGAUCAUGAGCCUGCACCUGAUCUUGCCCCAGAACCAGUCCCAGGAUCAAAGGCUGUCCCUGUGCCUGGGCUGGAGAUUGAGCUGGAGCCAGAACCUAUGCAACAGCGACAGCCACAGUCACCACCCAAGCAGCAGCCAGAGGGGGUAGUCGAGCCUCUGUGA